AUGAAUAAAGAAGCCACUCGGCUUUUGGAGGAAGCCGGGAUCGGCUACCUCCACCGCGAUCCGGGGCUGCCGCUGGCGAAUUUCCUCUCGUUCGCUAAGAUCUUCGCGCAGGCGACGGCCGUCCGCGCGGUUCUCGAGCGCGGACGGCCAAAAGACUGCCGCGUGGCGCGGUCGGAGGACAUUGGGCUGAGCAUCGUGGUGGGUUCGCAGUGCGAUGUGCGGGAUGGCGGGCAGCUGCUUAUCCCGUGGUAUCUCGAUCCUAACCUCCUGCUUGCGCUGCUCGGGGAAGUGGCGAGUUCACCGGCCUUAGAAAGCUCCAAUGUGGAUCCAUGA